GCAUUCUUUGGCUACAAAGCCAACCGAAUGCAUUGGAUUUUCGGUGCUCACAAUUUAUGGAUCGAUCACUUACGUUUGCUUGAAUAUAAUCAUCGAGAUUUACUCAUGGUUCAUUGGUCUUGUUGGGUUCAAUACAUUCUUUACGUAGAAUAUCGAAUUGAUCCUUCGCUUUAUAUUGAUCGAAGUAUCGGUGGCACACUGCGUCGAGCUUUUAUCAUCGAAAACAUGCCUCGCAUCUCCCGCCUGCAGCCCGCCACAAAGAAUGAAAUUGAGGCUAUCACGUGGUUCAAUUUGAAUGACCUCCCCACUCAUGUGCACGACAAAACCCCGAUUGAGAAAUUAAACACACGACCAAAUUGUUUCUUUCUUGUCGUUCCAUUCAUCAGGUAA